GGCCGGUUGUGGAGCAGGAGCGCGCGAACAACGAGGAGACCCAGGAGAGGGAGGCGCCCAGCUUGGACGCAAAUGCAGAGUGUCCGCCCCUGGCCGCGGUUAUGCAGGCACCCAAAAAAAAACAAGCAGACACCGAAGGAGAAGACUCGGGAUGGGCUGGGGGUUCUUCGCCUUCUUCGUUUAUUGGAAAAUAAAGAAAAGCUGCGCCCUUCGUAGGUAGUCGUGAGGUAGAAAAUAAAAGAGAUAGAUGAGAGAAAUUGGCUGUGUCUUUUGAUCGCCUGGGUUCUGCCAGUGUCGAAAUCGAUGGAAAGAAGAUACAAAUCGCACGGAUAAGAGAUAAUGAAGUCGUGGAGUCACUGGAUGCUGAUUAUUGAUUCUCUACUCUGAUCAGAAAGUGAUGUCAUAUUAUUUAGGAUAGUGGAUGAAGAUGAACCAAGGGGAAGAACAAGGCAAGUCAAACUCUCAAUCGUCAACAAGCAGUCUCGCACCUAGCAAUUUACUAGUUAUCCCUAUUGUUCAAAUUUGAGCUCGACCUCGAGCACAUGAAUGAUUAUUCGACACUAUUCACUGAAGGUUCGAUGGAAAAAUGAUGACAGUGUUGAGUUGCAUCGCGGAACUAAGUCUAACUAUCGCAUUCACAGUUUCCACCACGAUCAAGAACGACAUAAGACAGUCAGCAACUUGAUUUAGUGACGAAAGUGAUUUCCCAGAUAAAGUGUAAAGAAAAGGCUACACUUUAAAUUGGCUGUGACGUCAAAACUUAGGUAAUUGAACACGAACGACGACACUCCAUGAGUAUUCGGCUUUUCAGUCCUCCGGUAUCUAUCAAUCAAGUUGGUCUCUAAUCUCUUCCCCUCUUCACUAGUAUGAGGGCAUGGUUCGCGUCUUCUUGUGUCAAGUCGUGUGCAAUCUGAAAGACGCUAGAAGGUGGUGAGUCUUCGGUGGAAGUAUCUGAGUCAAAAAAUUUUUUUGUAAGAAGUAGAAAGUAGUUAGUACCAAAAGAGGUAGACAACUUCGGAAGUCAUAGCUCACAAGGGUAUGUUUUGCUAGUUAGCAUUUUGCCGAACCAACGACUCCAAAAGUCGCACUAGAUUGUUGCUUGUUCACGAGUCCAGAAAUAGAGCUAGACUGUUGUUUCUAAAAAGUCCUUGAGAAAUUAGUAUUCCGUCCACACAUGUAUGUGGAGUUGUUACACGAUAGCAGAAGUGAUGAAAUGAAGCAACAUAAGGACGAAGCCGAUGAAAAGCAACAUGAUCGAUAUGCAGAGAUUGAUGCUGAACUACACCUAUCAGGUGUGAUGGAUACCCCGGAAGGACUUUGAUUCUGAGCUAUGAAGUUCAGCUUACAACUAAAUAAAUUGUCGAUGUCUG